CAAAGAUGUCUGCUACGUCGUGCCGCGGCGUCACGCUGGACGUCAUUUGAUGUAGCAGGCAGGUCCCUCAGUGAGCGGCGGCUAGGCCUAGUCACUGAGCUUUUGGUACCGAUUUUGAGCGACUGCACCGGUGACUAUAGACUUCUGCAUUCUACUGACGGUGACCGACAUGGUGCCGUCUACAUCCGACAUGACCGACGUUGACAAGAUUGAUAUGUCGCUCGAUGACAUUAUUAGGUUAAAUAGGCAAGAACAGCACAACCAAGCGUUGUUCAAUGGAGGAGCACAAACACAUUUUUUCAAUCAGUUUAGAGGCAACAAGGGAAAGUGGAGUCCACGAUGGCAGACUGGUGCUGGAAACAUUGUGCAGAGGCGCCCCUAUGGUGGCAAGACAGCAUUGCGUAGGAUGUCCUCGUGGAGUGGAGUUAGCCCUUUGAAUCGUCCAAUUCGCAUGAGGAAUUCAGCACCUCAGCGGCUGCCUUUCAGGAGAAAAAUGAACUUUUCAAGACCCAUGGAUUUGGCAAGCAGGUCUACAACAGCAUUGCACCGAUAUCCGUUUAAUAGCAAUUAUUCUUACACAAACACCUUUAGAAGUGGACUGAGAAUGAGGCAGCAAAGAGACACUCGACAAGCCACAUAUUUCCUUCAGAGAGGCCUCAAGGUCCAGACACAAAUGGACAGUGAUCAGGAAAUUGAAGACCUGAACAGAAAUCGUGCAUGGAGGACAUCUAUGAAUAGAAGUGGUCUUCUGACUGUAUCAUUUGGUAAUCCCUCAGCUGUACCAAGCAGUAUGGGAGCAAUGUUGCCGAGACCUCCGCUUCCCUUUUUUUUGAAAAAGGAAGGUGCAGAACCCAAGGUUCCCAAGGGGGUUCAACUUGACUUUGAUAUAAACAGUGUUGCUAAACAGACUGGAAUCACACUGAAUGAGCGGUUCAAGAUUCUGAAGGAACAAAGACUGUCUCAGAAUGUGAACAAAGGAAGCAGAUUUGUGACUGUGGGAUGAGCUCUGGCCCUUGCCUAGGGCUAUGCUCUGUUUACGUUCAUUUUUGUAUUUUACCUGACUUUAAUGCAGAGGCCAAGAAAUAAUGUCUCCUGCACCAAGGCUACGGCUCUUCAUAUUUUUUUUUUCAGAGCUAUAAGUGGAGAACUUUCGUAUUGUUUGUACUGUGAAAUACAGAUAAAAGAAUUUAUAAACCGGAAAAGUGGAAUGGAAUUCUUAAGUGACUACUUUCAGGCCUUGGCUACAGUUGAAAUACAGAUACAUAGUUAACAUUUUUAUUUUGCUGGAGGAGAUGGUUUCCAUGUUAUAACCUGGACUGUUGAGGUUUUCCUACACUGUUCUUUCUUGUACAGUUUUAUGUAUGCUCUACAACUUGUAUAAUUAAUUAGUAAAUAUCAAAAGCCUACAAAGUGAAGAUUUACUUUUUCCCAAAUACUUCAAUAUGAGCAGAGAAUCUUCUGCUGAAGUCUUGGUACUACGAGUGCCUACUUGUUAUGGAAUACCCACUCUCUCAUUGGCAUUCUGUUGGCUCCACCUGGAAGUUGGAACAAGGGUUUUUCGGCAAUGAUUUCUUAUCUAAAGUAUUAACACCCUUGCUGGGUUUGAGAAACAGCAUUCUGCUUAUUUAGAUAUAGACUGUUGGCAGGAAUUCUGCCAAGAAGAACACUGAAGUGUUGCUUAGUAGCAUUUUGGAAAAUAUCAAUGUUUUGUUACAAGUUCGAUACUUGAGGUUUUGGUUGAGAUUUCCAUGCAUACAGACUGCAGUUCUUGUUUGUCUUGGUGAAUGACAUUUUUGCUACAGUUAAACAAUGUUGAUGAAACAAUAUUGUUUAUCUUACCCUUUUUCAUAAUAAAUCAUUCUGCAAGACUUUGUUCCUA